AUGUCUGUCCAUCGCCAGAGGAUCCGAGGGCGGCUGUGUUACCAGAGUAAACCAGACUCCUUCAACCAGCUGUGGACCGUGGAGGAACAGAAACAGUUGGAGCAUCUGCUGCUGAAGUUCUCUCCUGAGGAGGUGGAGUCUAAACGCUGGCAGAAGAUAGCUGACGCCCUGGGCAACAGGACCGCUAAACAGGUGGCCAGCCGCGUUCAGAAGUACUUCAUCAAACUGACUAAAGCAGGAAUCCCUGUUCCUGGGAGGACCCCUAACAUGUGCAUCUACAGUAAGAAGGUGGGAACGAGUAGAAGGCAGCACCACCUGAACAGGCACCUGUACCGACCGUCUACCUUCCUGACAUCAUAUGAGCCUCCCGUCUUUAUGGAAGAAGAGGAUGAGAGAGCGGCCUACUACAGCUCCCUGCAGGACCCCGACGACACGGAUGAGGAGGGUGUACCUGUGGAGUUGAGACACCUGCCGGAGUACAAGGAGCUUCUGGAGCUGAAGAGACUGAAGAAACACAAACUGCAGGAGAUCCAGGCUGAGAGUAGCAUGGCCCUGCACCAUGGAUACAAGUGUGACGUGUGUGGUGUAGAGCCUAUCCAGGGCGUGCGGUGGCAUUGUCAGGACUGUCCCUCAGACAACGCUGUGGACUUCUGUUCCAACUGCUCCGACUGCCUGUACAAGACAGAGAGCCACCUGCCCAGCCACCAUCUGGAGCCUGUCCAUCACCACGAGACCUUCCUAGACAGGGACUACUGUCUGGCUCAGACCCCUGGAUAUAACUACCUGGAUCCCAACUACUACCCUGCUAACAGAUGACAGCAUGGC